CUGCGUGUGUCUCUCAGAUCGCAAAACGACGUAGCAUGAUACCUGGAACAAUCUGCACGAAAUACACUCAUUUUAGAGCGAUAUAAAUUCCAUAGUCACCAAUGUGUGCUUCUUUUUUGAACCAUUCUUUCUCAUUUUAUCUCGUCCUUUCGAACAUCCGCGGCAUUUGCAUCAUUCCUCACAUGGUCAUUGAAUCAGGCAAUAAUCAUUUCCCAUUUUUAAUUCAGUAGUAAAUCUACACACAACUAAGCAGUAAAUUGUAUCAUGAACAAACAAAUUGCAUCUGCAUUCGUUCUUGAUGCACGGCACAUUGCUUAUCGAGGAGGAUUCUCCUCGUAAUAUUCCGCGAUUUCUCUAGCUUCGGGGUCGCCCACACCAAACUUGUAGACGGCAGCGGCGAUGAACCCAAGGACAGUGCCGUGGACAGCGGCGUGGGUGAAGCCUUCCAAGGGAGCCAAUCGAGCGUAGUAGCCUCGGAUGCCGGAAGCGGGAACGCGAGCUACCGGUCCUGGACCGAAUAGCCUUUUGUUGUAGUUGACGAUUCUUGAUGCUGCUCCCGACAUGGUACAGAGUAAUUUGACUGUGCCCGAAAAGCAGAAUGCCGGUAUUUUGUAUGGAAUACAAAUAGUGGACGAAAGGAACAUUGAAACUGGAUUAGUGACACAAAAAGCUCAAAAAUUUGACUCGAUCGACUAUAUUGUGAAGCGAUCGCUGAUACCCAACGUCGUUGAAGCGGCAAUCGCACCAUCUGUUGAAGGUAAAGAGGAUUAACAUGGCGAUACCAGUCCUAUAUUUGCAGUAUGUUGCUUGAAAAUAAGUAUCUUAAUGUGAUUGUGUCACCGCCCUUCUGAAUGAAUCCCGUACCGAAGACGCAACUUACCUAGUUGCUGUGAUGUGUAAGAAACCAAUCGCUGUCGACAGGCGUUGUGUUGCCGAUGGUGGUUUUCUCUGCGAGCUAAGCUGAAGUUCUCUAACGAGCUUUUUGCGGUGUGUCUUUCGUCCCUAUUGUUUUUGAACAGUACACGCGCGUUGAACGAAAUCGUCGCGUGCGGUUUACUUCCGGGUUUCUUUCAAAAAGGCGAAGGACUCCAUUCCGAUCGUUCAAAUCAAAUCGCGCGAAGAUUGCGCUUUACCGUACGGUAUGUGCCGUACUGUACUCGAACGAGAAUGCGCUGGAAAGAAAAGCGUUCUUUCGCACGACACACCUUCCUCGUGCAUCGAUAGUACGAGUUACCGUAGCCAUUGCGAGGUUGAUGCAGUUGCUGGGUCGCCUGCUGUGUCUUGAUGGAUAAUAUCCAACGAAUGAACUCUUCAUGACACAAAGUUCUUCAGCAUCAAACAAUCACCAUCAAUAUCAGUGUGAGCUAAGAAGCAUUAUCCACGAUACCCUACCAAAAUUAAUUCGGGACAAAAGAUCAGAAAAGCACCAACUAGAUUAAAAUGAUAAGCAUUCGAUCUGUAUUUCGCCCGAAAUUGCAUCCCGUUGUACAUCGCGCUUUUCAACAGAAUGGGGUGCGCUCCAUGACCGUCCUAAGCAAAAGCAGUGGAGAGGAAUACAAGAAGCAGGUGCGUCUAUCAGUUGAUUUGGGACGAUUAUCAUUCUACAGAGCUGGUUGAAUGAAAGAAGUUGUGGCGGAGAUGACGAAGACCCGAUGCACAAGUCGCUGUAACUUUAGGUCAAUCGAAGCAGUUCUCAACUUUAAUUUGCGUGAGGACAAUGGGAAUGAUGGACAAAAUAUGGAUCGCUGAGUUGAGCCAAUCGAUCUGUCGUGUUGAAGAAGUUUAAUGAAUUUUCAAUCUAAAAAACUCAUGUCAUUCUCUCUUGAAUUUCAUGUUGAACUGAACAUUCCUUUGCAUUCUAGAAUUACACGGAACGGAUGCAGAAAACGGGUCGUCCCGUGUCACCGCACGUGACGAUCUACGCGUUGCCCGUUCCAGCCUUUGCGUCUAUUACCACCCGUGUCACCGGUAUUAUGCUUUCCUUUGGGGCCUUUGGGGUUGGUGCGAUUGAUUUGAUGGGCGGUCCCGGCGCAUCCUUGUCUCUGAUGGAAUCGAUCGGCUCGUCGGGAUUCCUGGUAGCUUCACCCGCUAAGUUUGCCGUGGCUUUCCCUCUUGUCUACCAUUACCUGGGAGCCGUCCKCCAUUUUGUCUGGGAUUACUUCCCCGAUAAAUACCUUAACAACGAAGAUGUUCAAAAAUCAUCAAUAGCACUUAUUGGAUCGGCUGGAUUGAUAAGUUUGGGCUUCGUGUUUGUGUAAGCAGUCGGUAAUGAACUGUACGGUUGGUAUAGACUGCAAUGUCAUUCUCGACAUUCGAGACAAAAAGCCGAAUUUCUUACUGUAAUUACUAUUAACGAGUAAUAUCUUGCACAGAAAUAUGCGUUGAGGUACGCCGAAAAUGAGAAUUUCGGAUUAAUGCGGUUGGAAUAUUUGUUGAGAUCACCAACUCUACUCAAUGAAAUAAUUUAAGUACCCGAUCAUCUUCACUAAUUCAUAAGUCGAAACU